AUGGUCCCCGGGCACCCGUGGCUGCUCCUGGCCUGGGCAGCGCUGGGGCUGGCAUCCGGGCAGGACUGCCCGUCGCCCUGCGAGUGUCAGGCCCAGGAGGUGACCUGCUCGGACCGGAACCUGAGCCGGUACCCGGAGGGCAUCCCGCUGGGCACCCGGCGGCUUCGGCUGGCCGGCAACCAGCUGACCUACCUGCCGGCACUGAGUCUGGGUCUGCUCAGUGACCUGGUGGACCUGGACUGCUCGCACAACCAGCUCCUCGAGGUGCUGGACUACACCUUCCUGGGCGUCUACCGGCUGCUGUCCCUGGACCUGAGUGUCAACCGGCUGCGUCACAUCUCGCCGCACGGCUUCUCCACGCUUGGUGCCCUUCUCAGCCUCAACCUCUCGCACAACCCGGGCCUGGGUGGCCUGCACGAGCUCACGUUCGCCAACACCACGGCCUUGCGCUACCUGGACCUGCGGCACACGGGGCUGGCCACGCUGGACGACACCGUGCUGGGCCACCUGCAAGGGCUUGACACCCUCUACCUCAGCGGCAACCCCUGGCACUGCAACUGCUCCCUCAUGGACUUCACCCUCUACCUGCUCGUCGCGCACCUGCAGCACCCAGAUGCGGAGAACGCCACGUGCCUGGAGCCGCCCGAGCUGGCGGGGUGGCCGCUGUCCCAGGUGGGGAACCCCCUGCGCUACAUGUGCCUGACGCACCUGGACAGCCGCGACUACGUCUUCCUGCUGCUCAUCGGCUUCUCCAUCUUCCUGGCGGGCACUGUGGCCGCCUGGCUGACGGGCGUGUGCGCGGUGCUCUACCAGGGCAUGCAGCGGCGCACCGAGGAUGCCGACGACGAGGACGAGCUGGGGCUGCGGCUGGAGGUCAGCCGGCGCAUGCUCAAGGUCCGGCCCGAGCAGCACAUGUUCUCUGUGUGA